GUCAGUUUGAAAUGCAUGCACCCACUGCAAGCUAGCCACUGCUGUUGUUUAGCGACGUGCAAAUCAUAGAGCUGAAAUAAUAAUCAAUCUAGUGGAAUAUUAAUGCAUUUUGAAGUGUGAUACGAAUAACUCAAAUCGGAGACUACGUUAGGUACACCGCAGUUAAAACAUCUAAUUUUGAGUUCAUAUAAGGUACUUUUUCUUUAUGCUCGCGGGGUUCUGUUGUGAAGUCAAGUUGAUCUGAGAAUGGGCUGUGCAGUAUCAGGACCAGGUCUAGCCUCUAAACCGUCAGAAGAUCCGAACGAAGAGGAAGCUUCUGCUGCGACUUUAACGGAUCACCAGAUCGAACUGAUCAAAGAAUCGUGGAAACUGAUCCAAGAGGACAUCGCCAAAGUUGGCAUCAUUAUGUUUGUAAGGUUGUUUGAGACCCACCCAGAAUGUAAAGAUGUCUUCUUCCUCUUCAGAGAUGUUGACGAUCUUCAGAGGCUGAGGACAAGCAAAGAGCUCAGGGCUCAUGGGCUGAGAGUGAUGUCUUUCAUUGAGAAGAGCGUGGCCAGGAUUGACCAGACGGAGCGUCUUGUGCAGCUGGCCAUGGAGCUGGGGAAGAGCCACUACCGAUACAACGCUCCCCCAAAAUAUUAUGGGUAUGUGGGGACAGAGUUUAUCUCUGCUGUUCAGCCAAUCCUAAAGGAGAAGUGGACCCCAGAAGUGGAGGAGGCCUGGAAGGCCUUGUUCACGUAUGUGACUAGAAUCAUGAAGCAAGGUUACCAGGAGGAAGAAACAAACAAACAAACCAACACUGUCGCCUCCAGUAAAGAGAGUCUUAAGAAAAGACUCAACACCCUUUAGCCAACAGAACUGUACGGUGCCUUGCUAGAAGGGUGACCGUGGAGACCGCUUACAGUAUUUGCAAGGAAGUUUGGUACCGUAUGUAAGAUAUUUGACCAGGAAAACAAAUGCAACUUUGUGUUUACAAAGGUGUUUACACAACAGCUGCAUUCAUUUUAUAUAGAGUACAGGGUGCUUUAAAAACAGCUAUAGGAACAUUAUUAGAGAACAUGUCUUUUCAGUUUCAGGUUUACAAGUAGACGUGGUGGACAGCAUUGCUUUUUGGCUUAGACCUGUUAUUUGUCAUGGAAGGCCUCUGCUGCAGUAUACACAUUUUUCCCAUACCUUGCACACUAGAAAACUGUGGUUAUCCCGUUAAUAAAAGUAAGUGGUUGAAUUCCCUGGCUCAAGCUGUGCUGAUCCCAGUAGAAAUCUACUUGUAAACCUGUGUCAAAAUGGGGGUUAGUUACUAUGAAUUUAACACACCUCUGCAUGAUUACAAGCAGGGUUUACAUAGAAUUGUAACCUAUGUUGAUGGACAGUAUGGAAGCACUUGCAGUCUGUCAGAAUAUCUAUUUACAAGCGUCCUGGAGAAUAGGACACAAAUGUAAAAUUGUUCUUCCUUCAGGAAGAUCUGUAUUUUGUGUUUGAGCAAUAUUUCAGUUGGGGAGUCUUGGAGACAGAUUUAAGUUUGUUGCUUUUGGUGUUGGUUUCUAGGAGUAGAAAAUAAAAGCUUGCAUCUUGCACUGGAGCAAAUAUAGCUCUUUAAAAUACAACUGAAAUAACACCAAGACAGAGAUGUGUUAAAUAGUGUCUUUAUAAUGUAGAAUACAUUGUAUUAAAGGUUUCUAUUAAAUGUGCUUAUAGACUUAUAGAUGGCUAGCUGUCUUUCAUAAUUUCUAUUUUUUAAGUUGUAUAUUCAUUGUAUAUUCAGUUUCUUAUUAACAAUAAACUGUGUUGUAAUUAGUAUAAUACAAUACAUAUAUAUAUAUUUCAAACACAAACAUGGAUGCAACAGUAACAAUACAGUAUGAAAUGGAACCAUUUUUCAAAGAUUUCCUUGGGUUGUAUUUUUCUACUGAAGCUAUUCUAACCUCUGCAUGUCCUCUACUCACUGAAAAUAAGCUGAUAUGACAUUUCUAGGAGGUGUAGCCAAAUGACCCAGUAAUACAUAGAUUGUAAUGCUUAAUGUUUACACUAAUCAUUGACAUUAUUUGUAAGGUUACUUUUCAUGAUCUUUAGGCAAGGUUUUUCAGUCUAUGAAAACACAAUGUGACAAAUUAUAUAUUUACUUCAUGACCAAACAUGGGUCUGCUCAUCAGCGCCCUGUAUGAUGCAAGGUAAUCACACUGAAAUGCGAUUCUUUAAAAUAUCAAUAAUACAAAUAUUAUUUAGGAUUCCAUUUAUCACACUUCCUUUUCAGUCACAGUAUUUUGUCUUGCUUGGUUUUGGUGCUCGCAUGAAAUUAAGCAAGAUCUUAGGACACUACAGCUUGUCUUAAUGCCCACUUCAUUUAAUAAAAUGUAGAAUAGGACACAUGCCAUGAAAUGGCAAUAUUUACCUCAAUGAAAAUAAUGUUGACAAGAGAUAACAGCAUAAACAAACUGGACUGUGAAGCGUGGAUGUUUUCUAAAAAGCUAUUAGAUAUGUAAAACACAACAGCAUAUUUAUUUGACAACUAAAAGGUUUAUUUUGAGAUUCCAAAAGAUAAUGCUGAGAAUGGCAUUUUGUAACACCUUUAUAACCAGCUAGGUGUCACCUAUGCAUUUUUAAGACGACUGAAAAGUAUUUUUUUUUUCCUUUCAAAAUAAUCUAACAAAACAAAAAGCCCUUCCUUAAAGCAGCUAUGACAUGCCAGGUCAUAAUUCUUAGUAAGCUGUUAAUAAAGACUGUUGUACAGUUUUUAAAGAUGCAAAGCAUGCUGUUCUUCAAUAACUGUCUCCAUAUGGAAACGGAUCAUUACACCAUUCUUCAUGUUAUAGCAAAUGUUAUUUAACCCUUCCAAACGGUCAUUUGGUGUAACCACCCUCCAAAUGUCAUUCCUCUGCUUUUCCCACAGCAGCAUUACAAAGUAACCAAGUCAUUUUGUAAAUCCCCCUGUAUCUGAGAUGUUACAGUAAUCUCCAGUUUUAAAGAUAUUUCUAGGAGCCAUGCUAUUGUAGGUAUUAAUUACAAGGAGUACUACAGAAUGGACAAGGUGCUGUGUAUGAAUAAAAAAUAAAUAAGAUUUGUAUGCAGCUUUUAAACUUUUAGUAUUGUCCUUUAAAGUUCAUUUUGCCAGUCAUGUUUAAAUUAAGAUGCAGCCUUUUUUUUUCUUGGUUUCUCAAGUACAGAUUUGAGGUUUAUUGUAACAUACAAUAAAACAGCUUUACUCCCAAACUGUAUUCUGAUGUAGAUUUUGCUCUGACAAGUUAAGAACCAAUAGCAACACUAGUACUGAGCUGUUUCCCUCUUUUCACGUUUGAAAAUAAACCAAAAAAAAAAAAGAGAA